AGGAUUUAUGUUACCCCCACUUCAAAUAAAAAGUACCGAGGGAUGGAUUUCAUUGCUGCCCUGUGGCACUAUAGAAGCCAGGGCUGCAGUUGCAAUAUUCAUCACUGGUUUGUGUCACACAGAGGAUUUAUUGCAGGAAGAAUCCAUCUCCAAGAAAAUGAAUAGUCAAUAUGUGCGCUUUGAAGUGUUUGGAUGUGAAACUGAGGAACUAACAAACUUCUGGGAAAAGACCAUUGAAAAACAAACUCAGCAUCUGCAAAUUGAAAAAGAACGUCAACAGAGAAGUGCUCUGCCAAAGCUCAGAACUGAAUGGAAGGAGAGGUUGGAAAAAAGGAUUCAGAUGAUGAAGGCGCAAAAUGAAGAGCCAGCUAGUUGAAGAUUUCAUGCUUCUUACAUAUUUGGGCAACGAUGUCUUGCAGAAGAAAAACAUAGUGUAUUGCAAACACCCAAUUUAUUUUUAUUUACAAGCUUCAAUAAGAUUUAUGUUACAGUACCAUCAUCACGUAUAGAGUUCAUAUGUGAAACCUUUCUAUUACUGCCUAUGAGACCUAUUACCUAUUAUGAACACCUCAUUCAGUGAAAAGAGAA